GAUUAAGAUUUCACUUCCGGUGGGGAGGGGCGCUCGUGCGCACAGAGGAAGCUACGAGGCCUGCACGAAAAAAAAAAAAGAAAAGAGCUACUCUACAAACUACAGGAGUGGCCCUGUUACUCUUUAUCGCCCUAACAAAAAACGGAAGGCCAGCACUAUUUUAACGUUAUAACAAAUAUUUGUUUUAAUCUAGCAACACGGUAAAGGAAGUUCGGUGAUUUCACCUGCAUCCGGAAGGCGCGGUGGUUGUCACUCCUCAGAGCCCCCGUACUGCAGCAGCAGCAGCAACAAUAACAAGUGUCGCCUUUAGCGAGUGCACGGACUCCGCGGAGAAAACAUCAUGGCGAUGGCUUGUCUCUGUGUUUUGCGAUGGUGAGAAAUUUUGCCCGGUGAAACUCGGGCAGUAUGAACCAACAGACACAACCUCACCUCACACUUUAGCCUGAGAAACGCAGCAGCCGGAGUGAAACCGAGACCAGACAUGGCGUCAGAAGAGGCCUCGUUGCGAGCACUAGAAAGUCUUAUGACUGAGUUUUUCCACAGCUGUACUACUAAUGACCGCAAAAGAGAGAUUGAGGAACUGCUGAAUAGUUUUGCUGGCCAGCAGGACUCUUGGAGACACUGCCUCUACUUCCUCUCCAAUAGCAGAAAUGAAUAUGUCAUGAUGUAUAGUCUUACAGUAUUUGAGAACCUGGUCAACAAAAUGUGGGUCGGCGUCGCCAGUCAAGAUAAAGCAGAGCUUCGUAGCUGUUUGCCAAAGUUGUUGCUGUCCCAGCAUGCUCUGUUGCCCUUUUUCAUUAGAAAUAAGCUCUGCAAAGUCAUCGUGGAUAUCGGACGCCAGGAUUGGCCCAUGUUCUACCAUGACUUCUUUAGCAAUACUUUACAGUUGGUACAGUCCCCAACUCUGGCACCCCUGGGUUUGGUUUUAUUGAAGAUGACCUCAGAAGAGCUGGUGUGUCCGAGGGAAGAUUUGAGUGUUGCCAGGAAAGAGGAGCUGAAAAAACUUUUACUGGAUCAGAUACCCACUGUAUUAAACCUACUGACUGGUAUUUUAGAAACAGUUUGGGAUAAGCACAGUGUGUCAGUAACGACACCUCCUCCAUCACCUACAUCACGACAGACGGGUGAUUCCACGCCACACGGGCUGGAAUCAGAAAGUAGCACGUUGUGUCUACUGGCUCUGGAGUGCUUGGCUCAUCUUUUCAGUUGGAUCCCUCUGUCCUCCUCAAUCACACCCGCCCUCCUGGCCUCCAUCUUUCACUUUGCUCGCUUCGGCUGCCAGCUGCCAAUCAAAACCAAGCCUCCACCCACUUCCAACGGAGACUCUUUGCCUGGCAGUCUCUUAGCCAAUGGGAGCCAGGGAAGGACAGGACACAUGGUGGACCAUGCCAAGCGAGCCCAGUUAGGCAUAAUGGCUAUGAACUGCAUUAACGAGCUGAUGUGUAAAAACUGUGUGCCACUGGACUUUGAGGAGUUUCUGCUCCGCAUGUUUCAGCAGACUUUUUAUCUCCUGCAGAGACUCACAAACUCACACACCAACAUACACACAGUCAAAAACAGACUUCAGGAGUUGGAUGAAAGUUAUUUGGAGAAGUUCACAGAUUUUCUACGACUCUUUGUAAGUGUUCACCUAAGGAGGAUUGAGUCGAAUGCACAGUUUCCUCUAGUGGAGUUUCUGGCAUUGCUCUUUAAGUAUACAUUCAACCAGCCAACACAUGAGGGCUACAUGGCUUGCUUGGAUAUAUGGAGUAUAUUUCUGGACUACCUAACCACCAAAAUCAGGAGCCGAAUGGCAGACAGGGAUAGUGUCUUAAACAGGUAUAAGGAUGCCUUAGUGCUGCUGCUCCGAGAGGUCCUGAACCGCAUUCAGUUUAGGUUGAAUCAGAGUCAGCUGGAGGAGCUGGAUGAUGAGACCCUUGAUGAUGAUCAACAAACUGAGUGGCAGCGAUAUUUGCGUCAGAGUUUGGAGGUGGUUUCUAAGGUGAUGGAGCUGCUUCCAUCUCAGACCUUCUCCAUUCUGUUCCCAGUGCUUCAGGAAGACUUGGACGUUUACCUCGGGCUGCAGCAAUUCAUCGUUACCACAAGAACAAAUCGCAGGUUGAACAUCACGGCAGAGGCUGACUGCAGGAAGCUGCACUGUGCAUUAAGAGAUUUGAGUUCCCUGCUGCAGGCCGUAGGGCGUUUGGCCGAGUUUUUCACCGGAGAUGUCUUUACUGCUCGCUUCAACGAUGCCCUGGCUAUCGUUCAGAGGCUUGUGGAGGUAACUUGUUAUGGUUCUCAAAUCAGCCUGUAUGAUGUGGAAAUGGCUGUCCCUUCAGUUCUUAAACCUGACCUUAUAGAUGUCCAUGCCCAGUCAUUGGCUGCACUGCAGGCAUAUUCUCAUUGGCUGGCUCAGUUUUGCAGUGAAGUACAGCGGCAGCAGGAUCAAACACAAUUCGUUGACCUCAUCACAUCAUGCAUGGCCGCCACUACACCCCUUAUUAACGCCAAGGUUCCUGAGAAAUUGCUGUUAUCUGCUUGCCAUCUGCUGGUAUCUGUGGCUACAACAGUGAGACCUGUGUUCAUGGUAUCAUUAUCUGCAGUACAGAAUGUCUUCAAUCUCAUCACAGAAAACCACAAUCACAGGCUGCCUCAGGAGGUUUAUGUGCUGGUGUGCAGAGCUUUAUCGAACAUGCUUCUUUUGCCAUGGCCAAGUCUACCAGAGGCAGAACAGCAAUGGCAAAGUCGAUCAAACAGUCAUGCACGUCUAAUCAGCGCCAUCACCCAUCAGUACCGCCUGCUGCCCCGUCCACCAGACCACCAUUCCAACAGUAAAGUGGUUUUGCAGCAGACUCUGUGUGUACUAAGGGAUCUAGUGAGCAGCAUAUCAGGAGAAGCCACAAAAUCUCGUCAGAUAUGUUACCAGAGCCUGCAGGAGUCUGUCCAGGUCACCCUGGCUUUGUUCCCACUGUACAUUCAGCAGCCUGAUAUAACAGAUGAGAUGCUGAGUUUCUUCCUCACCUUGUUCCAGGCACUUCGGGUGCAGAUGGGGGUCACAUUUACUGAACAAAUCAUUCAGACUUUUCUCGGCAUGUUCACUAGGGAGCAGCUGGCAGUCAGCAUCCUCCAAGAGGGCAGUGCUGGGUCAAAUGUUGUCGAAAAAUUCCUCAAGAUUCUACAGGUUGUGGUCCAAGAGCCUGGUCAGACCUUUAAACCUAUGUUACCCAGUAUCCUCAGUCUUUGUAUGGAGCAGGUGUACCCUAUUGUAGCAGAGCGCUCUUGUCCAGACGUGAAAGCUGAAAUGUUUGAGCUGCUCUUCCAAAUCCUCCAUCAGAACUGGAGGUUUUUCUUUAAGACGUCAGUCCUAAACAGUGUUCAGAGAGCUGGAACGGAAGAACACAUGGAGAACCAGGCCCAGUUCAUUGCUGCUAUGCAGGCAUUUGGACAGUCCUUCCUUCAGCCAGAUAUCCAUAUCUUCAAACAGAACUUGAGUUAUCUGGAGAUUCUGAACACAAAACACAAACUAUAUCACAGGAAGCUGUUCAGGAACUCCAUGCUCUUCCAUUUUAUCAAUGUGCUGCUGCAAGUUCUCCUGCACAAGAGCCAUGACCUUCUGCAGGAUGAUAUCACUCUGGCUCUCUACAACAUGGCUGCUGUAGAUUUCCCAGCUUUUUAUUCCUCUUUCCUGCCAGAGUUCCUCAAUGGCUGCCAAGGCCUUGACCCUCACCAACGCACAACGCUCGCCCGCAACUUCACACCAGAGAGGGACCUGCCGUCUUUUUCUCAGGGAGUGUAUCGCUUGGUGAAUGACCUGCGUUUUUACAGACUGUGCAAUGGAAGCUUGCCUCCAGGAACGUUGAAAUUAUAGCGAUGUUCCUUGCUAAGUGCAAAGCCAAACCAUGUCUCGUCUUAACGAGGAAGCAGAUCACUUCCACACAAGUGAUCAAGCCACGUCCUCUGCCAGGACCCAGCCUAUGAUCUCUCAAUAGUGGCAUGUUGUCAGAACCACUCCCAUCGCAGGAGUUUGUUAGCUUUUUUUUAAUCUUUAUUUCAGCAAAAGUUCACAUUGCCAAUGAUCAUGAGGCCAAAGUGUUCGUUCCACUACUGCAAUGGCGGCCAGAGCUGAAGAGCAGAAGCCAGUUUUAGUUGUGUUCGUUUAAGCACUUUGUAGAAGGGGUUUGUAAGGUUCGGGGUUUGAAUCCUUGUUCUCGUAAAAGGAAAGUGCCAUUGAAAGCACUCCGCUGCAGUUGAGAAGCAGUUUUGAUUUAAAAAGAAUGAACACAGUUGGACAUGGACACUUGAUUGGGUCUUUGGUGACUAACAGCGUGAGCACGGUUUUAAAAUGGACUGCAGUGAUUCAGACCGCUCAAAAUUUGUUUUGUCUGAUUUUAACGCCUUCAUCGCAACGGAGACAGACUCACUCCUUUCAUAUCAUUCCAUCCUGAUUCAGGAGAUAGACCUUCAAUAAAGUUUUAUAAGGAAA